AUGUCCCCCAACUGGACGUCAACCAACACGGAGGGGGGCGACGAACCCAUCGACGUCCUCCUCGCCGAUCUGCUCCGUUCCCUUCAAGCCAACCGCGAAGCGCAGGAAGCAGACGCCAAACGCCGGCUAGAAUGGGAAGCCGCAGUCGAGGCGCGGUACAAAGCCCGCAUUGCGGAGAUGGACAUACGGUUCGCGAGCCUGCAACAGCAGGUUGAUGCGCUUAAGAGGGCGUUGGGGGCUGAGGGGCUGUCCGGGGCGACGACGGGCGACGUACCGACUUCAUCUGCCGGCCCACUGUUAGCACGCCAGCGAGCGCCCAUGUCACCGCUUUCUACUGCUGCACUCGGACUCCGUCCACUCCAGCCUAUGCCGCCUGACGCUAUCCAGCCCCACACGUUGUUCAACCCAGGCGGGCACACGAUGGGCGUCCUCGCUUCCGUCCUGGGAAAACGGCCCCAUCCAACGUCCGAGAUCGACCCCAAUCCACCUGCGCCUGCCCAAACCUUCUGGACCUCGCUCGAUAACGUCACUGCAGAGCUGACGAGAUACCAGAUGGAAGCUUGGCAACAGAUGAAGGCGCGUCGGAAGAGGGACUCGAGGCCGUCGACGAUACAGACUGCGACGCGUGUACACCUCUUACGCGUUAUGGGGCUCAGCUCAGAUAAGGUGUUGCCCCCUUCGCAUGUUGAAGGCGAGCCGAAUCGGCCUGGGGAACCCAUACGCUGGGUGUGGGAUAAGACGCAGAAGCAGAGCGCGCAUAACGCGAAAAUGAAGGAGCGGUUCAUUACUGAUCUCCAGAGGAGCAGGGCACUCUAUCCGCUGGUGAGGGAAGAAGACUUUGCCUUCGCCACGCUGGAGCGGGCGUUCGACCAGGCGUUCAUCACCCUGCGGCGAAAAGCGCGGUCCCAAGCGGGCUUGACGCCAGAGACGGAGGAACAGAGGUUGGAGAAGAAGAGCAAGAGGGCGAGGAGGGCGAAUCGAAAGAAGACCAAGUUGGGACAUCGCGUAGCGGCCAGGGGACUUGUGCCGGCUUUCCGAGAUAAGGCAUUCGAUAGGGCAAUGGAGCUGGGAAUGAUGAGUAGCGAGUCGUCGGAUUCUGAGGAGGAAGACGCGGAUGGGGUGCAGGAAGAGUCGAUGGAAGGAGAGGAGGCAGAGAAGGAGAGGACAUUCCGCGUUCGAGGACUCCCAUGGCGAUCCCAGCGACUCAAAGCAUUCUAUGCGGCCUUGGACGAAGCAGACUGCAAAGAUCAUCGGAAUCGGCCUCGGAGGGGCUCAGGGAGGAAGGAAAGGAAACAGGGAAAGGAUAAGGAGGGUGCGGAGGGGAAGGUGCCCCCUGGAGUUGGGGGUUGGAUGGUGAGCAAGCGGUGGGGGAGGGAUGAGCAGGAGGAGGAGGAAGAGCUCGAUUGGAGUAAGCUGUGUGAGCUUGGGGAGGAGAGCGACAACGAGGAGGGAGAGCAGUAG